AUGCUCUCGUUCGCCGCUGACUUCUUCGACGAUAUGAAGGUCGGAAAAGAGGAUUCAGAUCUUAUUUUGUAGAAAAAAUGCUUUAGAUAGAAGAAAAAUGCUUUAGAUAGAAUAUUUCAGAGACAACUAAUGACGUUAGGAAAAGACAGAUACUCACUGGCUAGGACUUACAAACGGGUGGAGAGUGCGAAGGGAAGAGCGAGGCCGGAACUGCGGAAGUUCGGAUGGGACACUCUCGAAUACGCCGACAAUCUCAGCCUGCCGCCACUUAAAGAUACCAUCCAGCGGUUAUUCUGAAAAGGAAGACUGAUUCUACGAAGUUUCUGAUUUCAGCAUCGACGGAAGAACGAUCUCAGUCGAAGACUUCCGACGCGAUUUCGAGAGACCACGCAUUCCUGUUAUUUUGGCCGGGUUGACCGAGGAUUGGGCUGCCAAUGAGAAAUGGAGCGUCGAGGUUCUUUCCUGAGUUGAAAAGAUGUUCAUGGCUCUUUUCAGCGUCUCUCUAAAAAGUACCGCAAUCAAAACUUCAAAUGCGGAGAAGAUGAUAACGGAAAUUCUGUUCGUAUGAAAAUGAAAUAUUACCACGACUACAUGCUCAACAACCGAGAUGAUUCUCCUCUUUACAUCUUCGACAGCAGCUUCGCCGAGGUCAGAUUAAUUUCCUUUUUUUACGAUUUAUUUCCUUUGCAGAGACGCAAGACGAAAAAAUUGUCAGAAGACUACACGGUUCCCAAGUUCUUCGCCGACGACCUAUUCCACUACGCCGACGACAAGAAACGACCGCCCCACCGAUGGUUCGUGAUGGGUCCCGCCCGUUCCGGCACUGCCAUUCACAUCGAUCCGUUGGGCACUAGUGCGUGGAAUUCUCUACUCCGCGGGCACAAACGAUGGGUGCUGAUCCCUCCGAGUGCGCCCCGCGAACUGGUCAAACCGAUGGCUCACGAGAAAGGAAAACAUCCAGAUGAGGGUGUCACGUGGUUCCAGACCGUCUACAAACGGGUCCGCAGUCCCGCUUGGCCUAAGGAAUAUGCACCGAUCGAAUGCCGGCAAGGACCGGGAGAGACGAUGUUCGUGCCAGCCGGAUGGUGGCACGUCGUCAUCAACGAAGACCUGACCGUCGCUGUCACUCACAACUACUGCUCCGUCGAGAAUCUUCAUCUCGUCUGGCCGAAAACCGUGAAAGGAAGACCGAAGUUGAGCAAGCAUUGGCUCAAACGGUUUGUGAAUGACCAAUACAAUUCAGAUAAUGAUCUCGAAUUUCCAGGUUGGCAGAGCAACGUCCCGAAGUUAUGCAUAUAAUCAAAUCGGCGUCUGAAGUGCCACUUCACGACAUAAAUGAAUCCUCGAGUGAUUCUUCCAGCUCCUCCUCCUCUUCUGACCAGUCUUCCGAUGAAUCGGAAAGAGAAGAUGGAGGUCCGUGUGCAAUCAACAACCGCAAGAGACGGUACAUCAACGACGGCGGUAGCGAUUGCCCCGAGAAAAUGAAAUUAAACUGUUCGCACUACUCGAUGGCCUGA